AUGCUCGCAUAUUUUCUAAAUGGUCUCGAUACAUCGGAUAUAAUUGUGUUGACAUUAUUGGCGGGUGGUGCGAUCAUUUUCGCCGUCAUGAAACUAUUGAAUUAUUCGCCCGGUUCAUCAUCGCUGAAUUCCACAGGAUCCUCCUCAAAUAAUCGAUAUUCUUCACCAACUGUUGCGGCGGUUUCGCCGACUUUCAGCAGCAAAUCCAAUCAAUCGUUUAUUGAUCGAAUGAGAAAUGAGAAUCGACAGGUAUUUUCUGGAAAAAUUCGAAUUUUCAGCAUAUUUUUUCAGGUUCUUAUAAUGUAUGGAUCACAAACUGGAACAGCUGAAGAAAUGUCGGGACGUUUGGCAAAAGAUCUCACAAGAUACUCCAAAAAAGCGGUAAAUUAUUGAUUUUUGGGGCUGAAAAUCAUUUUUUCUUGAUUUUCAGCAUAAAAUAUUGGUCUAGAAGGAUUUUCAGCCAGAAAUUCGAUUUUUUCAGAAAAAAAAAACAAUUUCUAGACUAAAAUUUUGUGCUGAAAACGCUGAAAAUCGAGAUUUUCAUGAUUUUCAGCGCGAAAUUUUGAUCUAGAAGGAUUUUCAGCCAGAAAUUCGAUUUUUCAGAAAAAAAAAACAAUUUCAAGACUAAAAUUUUGUGCUGAAAACGCUGAAAAUGGCUAAAAAUCAAUAUUUUCUUGAUUUUCAGCAGAAAAUUUUGAUCUAGAAGGAUUUAAGACAAAUUUUUGGCUGAAAAUCAAAAUUUCAAAAAAUUUUGAAACAGUGAAAUUUUUGUGAGAAAAACAAAUAAUUUGCUCUGAUUUUGAGGAAAAUUUUACCAUUGCUCAUAUUAAUGUUUUUCAGUUUUGUAGAAAUUUUUGAGUAUUGCUCAUGUUAAAAAUGCUGAAAAUUGCUAAAAAUCAAUAUUAUCAUGAUUUGUAGCACAAAAUUUUGAUCUAGAAGGAUUUUCAGCCAGAAAUUCGAUUUUUCAGAAAAAAAAACAAUUUCUAGACUAAAACUUUGUGCUGAAAACGCUGAAAAUGGCUAAAAAUCAAUAUUUUCUUGAUUUUCAGCACAAAAUUUGUUCGAAAUCCAUUCAUCCAACAUCAAAAAUAAAUAAAAUAAAAUUUUUUUUCAAAAAAUUUUGAAACAGUGAAUUUUUUGGUUUAAAAAAAAAAAUUUGCUCUGAAUUUGAGGAAAAUGUUAGCAUUGCUCAUAUUAAUUUUUUUCAGUUUUAUUGAAAUUUUUUGAGUAUUGCUCAUGUUAAAAAUGCUGAAAAUGGCUGAAAAUCAAUAUUUUCAUGAUUUCUAGUAGCACAAAAUUUUGAUCUAGAAGAAGUUUCAGCCAAAAAUUCGAUUUUUUCAGAAAACAACAAUUUCUAGACUAAAAUUUUGUGCUGAAAAAGCUGAAACUACUGAAAAUGGCUAAAAAUCAAUAUUUUCAUGAUUUUCAGCACAAAAACAUCAAAAAUAAAUAAAAUCAAAUUUAUUUUCAAAAAAUCUUGAAACAGUGAAAUUUUCGUGUGAAAAAAAAAUAAUUUGCUCCGAAUUUGAGGAAAAUGUUAGCAUUGCUCAUAUUAAUGUUUUUCAGUUUUAUAGAGAUUUUUUUGAGUAUUGCUCAUGUUAAAAAUCAAAAGUUUAAGAUGAGCAAUGCUGAAAAUCAAUAAAAUAUCGAUUUUUGCUCUGAAAUCAUUAAAAAUAUCGAUUUUUGCUCAAAAAUCAUAGAAAAUAUCAAUUUUUGCUCGAAAAUAUCGAUUUCUGGCUCAAAAUUCGUUAAAAAUAUCGAUUUUUGGCCCAAAAAUCAUCAAAAAAUAUGAAUUUUCCCCAAUUCCAGGUCGUUGUUGAUCCAGAAGACAUUGAAGUUGAAGAUUUGAACCGUUUGACUGAAAUUCAAGACGCUCUCCUGGUUCUCUGCAUCGCAACCUAUGGAGAAGGAGAUCCGACUGAUAAUUCAGUUUCAUUGGUGGAAUAUUUGAAUGCGGGAGAAUGUGAUUUGUCGGGUGUGCGAUUUGCUGUAAGUUUUCGCGGGUUUUGACUGGAAUUUUUGAAAUUUUGGCGAAAAAUUGAUCUAGAACACAUGUUUUUCAUAAAAAUUUGAAUAUUAGCGUGAAAAAUUCGAAUUUGAACAUUUUAAAACCGAAAGAUUGCUCAUAUUAAAUUUAUUUUGAUGGAAAAUUGUUGGGAUUGCUCAUGUUAAACUCAUUUUAAGGAAAAACGCUGAAAAUUUCAAAAUUACAGUAAUUAUAGCCUAUUUUUAGCGCUAAAUUUUGGAAUUUUAAAAUUUUUUAAGGUUUUCUUAGAUCAAAUUGUCGGAAAAAUCAAGACUUUUUAUUGGAAAAGAGCGAUUUUUGGGAUUUUUUGAGUUUAAUAUGAGUAAUCCUACAAUUUUGGCGCGAAAAUUUGAUGAAUUUUGAUCUGCAAACAUUUUUUGGAUUGCUCAUAUUAAACUUUGUGCAAAAAUUUGAAUUUUUCUCAAAAAUCGAAGGAUUGCUCAUGUUAAAACUUUUCAAUUUCAAAUUUUUCUCAAAAAUUGGAUAUUUGAGUUUAAUAUGAGCAAUCCUGCAAUUUUGGCGCGAAAAUUUUCCAAGCUCGAAAAAGUCAAAAAAUAGUUGGGAUUGCUCAUAUUAAAUUGUCAGAAAAUUUCAAAUUUUCUAAAAGUUUAACAUGAGCAAUCGUUUGAUUUUUGAAAAAAUGUCAAAAAUUGUAGGAUUGCUCAUAUUAAACUCAAAAAUCCAAAAUUUAAUUUAAAAAAAAUUUUGGGCUAAUUUAACAUGAGCAAUCCUACAAUUUUUGAAAUUUGAAAAUUUUUCAAAAAUCAAAGGAUUGCUCAUAUUAAACUCAAAAAUUUAAAAAUUAAUAAAAACUUCUUUUGAGCUAAUCUAACAUGAGCAAUCCUACAAUUUUCGAAAUUUGAAAAUUUUAAAGGAUUGCUCAUAUUAAAUCAUCGAAAAUAAUUCGAAAAUUUGCUCUAGAAUCUUAAAAAUGUCCUACAGUACCUAGAUCCUUACCUAGAUCAUCUACAGUACCGACUACAGUACUCAUCCUAUUUUUUUCAGGUUUUCGGACUUGGCAACAAAACCUACGAACACUUCAAUGCAAUUGGAAAACAAAUGGACGCUCAACUCGAAAAAUUGGGAGGAAAACGAAUUUUCGCGCUCGGAUUAGGUGACGAUGAUGCGAAUCUCGAAGAAGAUUUCAUGAGAUGGCGUGAAGCUUUUCUACCAAAAAUCGCGGCCGAAUUCAAUUGGGAAUUGAAUACGGAAGCCGAAACAAUGAGACAAUAUCAAUUGGAGGAGGUUGAAGCGGGAAAAGCACUAUUCAAAGGAGAAUUUGGAAGAUUGGGAGCUUAUGAACGACCACGGCCACCUUUUGAUAUUAAGAAUCCGUUUUUGGCGACGGUUUUGGUGAAUGAUGAAUUGCAUACGGAGAAAUCGGAUAGAAGUUGUAGACAUAUUGAAUUUUCGGUUGAAGGUAUGUUUUUUCACUCGAAAAACAGAGUUAAUAGAGUCUGCUACUUGAAAAUUAGGGUUUAUAGGCGCAGCUCCUUGAGAACCAGGAUUUCUAGGCCCGGCUGCUUGCCAGAGUCACUUUCCAGGAGCGUGUGCUUGAAAACUGGGCUCUAUAGGGUCAGCUACUUGAAAACAAGGUUUUCUAGGCUCGGCUGCUUGACAACUGGGGAUUCUAGGUGCGGAUCCUAGUCAAUUAGAUUCUCAAGCGUCUGCUGCUUGAAAACCAGGAUUUCUAGGCUCGGCUACUUGGAAACCAGGGUUUCUAGGCGCGGUUGCUUGAAAACCAGGGUUUCUAGGCGCUGAUCCUUGAAGAUGAGUUUCUCAAGCGUCUGCUACUUGAAAACUGGGCUCUCUAGGCGCAGCUACUUGACAACUAGGGUUUCUAGGCGCGGUUCCUUGCCAGAGUGAAUCUCUAGACGCUAAGCCUAGACAAUUAGAUUCUCAAGCGUCUUCUGCUUGGAAACCAGGGUUUCUAGGCUCGGCUGCUUGACAACUGGGGAUUCUAGGGACGACGGCUGCUUGAAAACCAGGGUUUAUAGGAGCUGAUCCUUGAAAACCAGGCGCUAUAGGAGCUGAUCCUUGUCAUAGAAAUUCUCUAAGCGCCGCUGCUUGAAAUUUGGGAUCUCUAGGCUCGGCUACUUGAAAACUUAGCUCUCUAGACGCUGAUCCUAGACAAUUAGAUUCUCAAGCGUCUGCUGCUUGAAAACCAGGAUUUCUAGGCGCGGUUGCUUGAAAAUUAGAUUCUUAAGAGUCUGCUACUUGAAAAGCAGGGUUUCUAGGGUCAGCUACUUAAAAAUGAGAUUCUCAAGCGUCUGCUGCUUGUCAUAGAAACUCUCAAGGCGCGGUUCCUUGCCAGGGUUCAUCACUAGGCCCGGCUCCUAGACAAUUAGAUUCUCUAAGUUCAUGUUGAGUUUUCUAUUGAGCUGAAAUGGGAAAUAUACGUUUCAAGAAUUUUUUAAUCAAAAAAUAAUUUGGAAAAAAUUCGCUUUAGUAGAAUUCGUUGGAAUUUUGAUUUGAAAAAGAAUUUGGGAAGUUAAUCCAGAAAAAGUUGAGCUUUUUCCAAUGUUUUUUUUUUGUGAGUUAACAUGAGCAAUCCCAAAAAUUUCCAAGUUGAUUCAAUUUUCGUUAUACAAUUUUUACUUUAAGAAACCACAUACCUAGGCCAAAAGCUACAAAAUUUUCAAAAAUUUCUAAAAAAUUCCAAUUUCUCUGCAGGUUCACGAAUCCGAUACGAAGCUGGUGAUCAUUUGGCCGUUUUUCCCACAAAUGACUCGAAUCUCGUUGAAAAAAUCAUCGAAUUAUUGGAUUUCGACGCGGAUAAAGCAUUCAGAUUGGUGAAUGUUGAUGAAGAUGCGUCGAAACGACAUCCAUUUCCAUGUCCGACAACAUUUCGAACAGCUUUGGAGCAUUAUGUUGAUAUUUGUGCACCGGUUAAAUCGCAUGUUUUGAAGGUUUGUAGUUCAGAAGCUUUUUCUGGGGAAGUUUUCAACAUGAGCAAUUAUGAAAAUUAUUUGCAUUGCUCAUAUCAAAAAAUAUUAAUAGAAAAUUGUUGGGAUUGCUCAUGUUAAACUUACCUAGAGCCAAAAUUUGACAUAAAAUUAUCAUAAGUUUUUUCAAUUAAAUGAGAAUUCUUAAAAAUCACAGGAUUGCUCAUAUUAGAUUUUCUGAAAAUUUGAAAUUUCAACACCAAAAAUUAAAAAUCCGUUUAAUUUUAGUGCCGAAAACUUUUUCUAGGGAAUUUUUUAACAUGAGCAAUCUUAAAAAAAUUUUUUUUCUGGAAAAUUGAAAGCAAAAGUUUAAUCUGAGCAAUUAUGAAAUUAAUUCGCAUUGCUCAUGUUAAACUUACCUGGAGAGAAGGAUUGCUCAGCUUAAAUUAUCGGAAAAAUUCGAUUUUUCUCCAAAAAUCUACAGUAAUCCAGGCUAUUUUUGCGAAAAUUUGAAUAUUUCUCAAAAAUCGAAGGAUUGCUCAUGUUAAAAAUUUUUAAAUUCAAAUUUUUUGGAUUUUUGAGUUUCAUUUGAGCAACGUGACAAUUUUGGCGCGAAAAUUUGAUGAAUUUUGAUCUACAAACUUUUUUGGGAUUGCUCAUAUUAAACUUUGUGCAAAAAUUUGAAUUUUUUCAGAAAUUGAAGGAUUGCUCAUGUUAAAAAUGUUCAAAUUUAAAAUUUUUCUCAAAAAUCGAAGGAUUGCUCAUGUUAAAAUGAUACAAAUUGCUAAUUUUUCUCAAAAAUCCAAUAUUUUUGCAGGCAAUCAGUGAAUAUUGCUCAGAUGAAGCUGAAAAACAAUAUUUGUCAUCUCUGGCGACUGCAAAUGAAGAAGGUUUAGCAGAAUACGCGAGAUAUAUUCAAAAAGAGCGGCGAUCGAUUGUUGAUGUGCUCAAAGAGCACAAAUCCUGCAAACCGCCCAUUGAAUAUUUACUCGAAUUGUUGCCAAGACUUCAGGUAAGUCUAGAAAUAUUCUGAAAAUUAAAAAAAAAUAAAUUUCAGGCUCGCUAUUACAGUAUUGCUUCUUCUCCGCGACUUGGUGAAGAGAAAAUUGCGAUUUGUGCAGUUGUCACCAAAUAUAGUAUUGGAGACAGAAAUAUUCGAGGAGUUUGCACCAAUUAUUUGACCAAAAAGGUGAGAUUGACGCGAAUUUUGUAGCUCGAAGCGUUGUUGACGCGAUUUUUGUAGCUUGAGAUCUUUGCUGACGUUAAUUUCGUAGCGUAAGAUCUUGUUGGCCCAUUUAUAUUAGCUCAAUAUGUUGUUGACGCUUUUCUAGUAGCUCAAAAAAUUCCAGUUGCUCUUAAUCGUCACUGGCGCUUUUUCAGAAGCUCUAGAUCUUUGCUGGCGUGUUCUCUGUAGGUCAAAACGUGGUUGCCGUGUUUUCCAGAAGCUCUGAAUCUCCACUGACGCGUUUCUAGUAGCUCAAAACAUUGCUGGCGCGAAUUUUGUAGCUCGAAAUGUGGCUGGCGUGUUUUUUGUAGCUCCAGAUCUUCACUGACGCAUUUCUAGUAGAUCUAAAUUUUGCUGGCGUCUUUUUUUUAGCUCUUAAUUUUGCUGGCGUGUUUUUGGUAGCUCUAGGUCUUUGCUGACGCGAUUUUUGUAGCUUGAAAAUGGCUUGGAAAAUAUACGUUUUAGUGAAAUUUGAUAUUAUGUGUUUUUCAAUAGCUUCUGAUAUUAACGGCGUCUUUUUUGUAGCUCUAGAUCUUCACUGACGCAUUUCUAGUAGCCUUAGAUCUUUUCUGACGUGUUUUUUGUAGAUGAAAAAAAGCCUAGUUGCUCUAAUUCUUUGCUGACGUAUUUUUCGUAGCUCAAAACGUUGCUGCCGUGUUUUUAGUAGCUCUUGAAAUUCACUGGCGCUUUUUCAGUAGCUUUAGAUUUUUUGCUGACGUAUGUUUUGCAGAUCAAUAUUCUGCUGACGUGUUUUUUGUAGAGCAAAGAAUUCUAGGUACUCUAAAUCUUCACUGACGUGUUUCUAGUAGCUCUAGAUCGUUGCUGACGCGAAUUUUGUAGCUUGAAAAUCAUGGAAAAUUUACGUUUCAUAGAAAUUUGGAAUUUUGAGUUUUUCAAAAGCUUCUGAUGUUGACAAAGUGUUUCUUGUAGCUCUAGAUCAUUACUGACGUGUUUUUUGUAGCUCUGAAUCUUCACUGGCGCUUUUUCAGUAGCUCUAGAUCUUUGCUAACGUGUUUUUUGUAGAGCAAAAAAUUCUAGUAGCUCUAGAACUUCACUGACGCAUUUUGUGUUGCUCUAAAUUAUGCUGACGCAUUUCUAGUAGCUCUCAAUCUCUGCUGACGUGUUUUUUGUAGCUCUAAAUGUUGCUGACGCAUUUCUAGUAGCUCAAUAUUUUGCUGAUGUGUUUUUCGUAGCUCAAUUUUUUCUGACGCAUUUCUAGUAGCUCUAAAUCUUCACUGGCGCAUUUCUAGUAACUUCUGAAAUUCCCCAUUUUUUGCAGCUCGCCACUUCAAAAUCUCCAGUUUUUGUUCGAAAAUCAACAAUGCGUUUGCCACAUCGAACAACAACCCAAGUAAUUAUGAUUGGACCCGGAACCGGUUUCGCUCCAUUCCGCGGUUUUCUCCAAGAUCGACAAUUCCACAAAAAUGCGGGAAAAGAAAUUGGAAAAAUGCAUCUAUUCUAUGGUUGUCGCCAUCCCGAACAUGAUUAUAUUUAUCAAGAGGAAUUGGCCGAAUUCGAGCGAGAUGGUGUGUUGAGCCAUCUGGAUUGUGCAUUUUCACGCGCGCAAAAUGAGAAGAUCUAUGUGCAGAAUAAGGUUUGGGAGGCGAGAGUGAGAGUUUGGCAAGCGAUUCAAGAUGGAGCGCAUGUUUAUAUUUGCGGGUGAGUGGUUUUGAGGGGGGAAAUUUGAAAAAUUCUAGGUUUUUAGCUGAAGUUUUUGAAUUUUCUGGAAUUUUUUUCAAAAAAUAUUUACGUUGCUCAUGUUAAACCAGAUCUUGUUUCGGAAUUUUUUUUUGUUUCGGAAUUUUUUCUGAAAAUGCUCAAUUUGCUCAUGUUAAAUCAGAUCUGGUUUAACAUGAGCAAUCCUGGAUUUUUAAUUUUUCUGAAACUCAAAAUUUUCAGCUGAAAUUUCACAUCUAGAAAUCCACGUGAAUUUUUUCUCCAGAAAAUUUGAUUUGAAAAAUGAAUAGAUUGCUCUUAAAGAAAAUCUGAUUUAACAUGAGCAAUCCUAGAUUUUUUCAAAAAUUUUAAAUAUUCUGGAGUUUAGGUUUAUAUUGCUCAUGUUAAACCAGAUCUUGUUAAAUAUGAGCAACCCUAGAUUUUGAAUUUUUCUGAGAUCCACGUGGAUUUUUUCCCAGAAAAUUUGAUUUGAAAAAUGAAUAGAUUGCUCAUGUUAAAGAAAAUCUGGUUUAACAUGAGCAAUCCUAGAUUUUGAAUUUUUUUGAAAUUCAAAAUUUUCAGCUGAAAAAAGUUCAUAUUGCUCAUAUGAAAAAAGAUGUUCUUUAACAUGAGCAACCCUAAAUUUCUAUGAAAUUUCCCGAUUUUUUGACUUCAAAUUUUUAGAAAAUUUCUGAAUUUUUUUUUCAAUUCCCCCCAAUUUUUCCAGUGAUGCUCGCAACAUGGCUCGCGAUGUUCAAGCAACUCUUCAAAAAAUUUUCCGCGAACUCGGCGGAAAAACCGAACAAGAAGCUCAAACCUAUUUCAAAGAUAUGGAAAAAUCGAAAAGAUAUCAAGCCGAUGUUUGGUCCUAA